UGCCAGCCUCUUGAUACUCCCUGAGCCCUGAGUGUUUGCUUGGAGCUCGGGCCGCGCGGUUCCGUGGGAUUCUGGCCCAUGCCGAUGUUCUCUGCUGCAUCUUAGUCCCCGGAUGCAGAUUUUAGAAAAUGGAAUGAGUCUCUUGUCACAUCAUCCGCAACCUUCUCCCGUCUCCUGCAGACCCUGCACUCAUCCCAGCCACAAACCUGCAGGCUGGCAGAGGAAGAGGCAGAUGUUGAGAGAGGAGUAAUACUAUAACCCACGGACAGGGAUACUGAGUCAAAGGGUUGAGGGUUCAGCCCCACGACCCUCAUCAGCACCUAAGACACGAGACACGACUGGGCCUCUGGAGAGGUGUGAGGCCAAAUCUGUUCAAGUUGGUUUGUGGGUAUUGCCAGUUCCUAAGCUGUUGAGUCCGUGGUGAAGGAGUUGAACUGAGUUUUCUGGAAACUGCCAUGACUGCAAGUGAGUGUUGGUCCCUUCCCCCAUUCUCGAUCGUUUCACGCGAAAUCGGCGCAAAAAAAAAAAAAGUCUUUGGUGGAAAAUCGGGAGUGAGGAGAAACCAUUAAAAAAACCAAAACCAAAAUCUCUGUAAUUUCCGUUCCUGUGGGACCCCUCACACCAGGUUAACGGAACCGCUUUCCCAGAAGGGGGUGUCGAGGGCUGUGUGAGCGCCUCCGCCUCGGCGUUGGAGUCUUGACUCCUGUCUCACCGGUUACUGAUUAGCUCGGGCUUUGGGCUUUCAAGCUGCAAGAGGAAGCUCUGGCUGCCCCUUUCAAGGUGCGGUGGCCCCCAUUCCUGGGCGGGGGCUGCAGGAAAUUGCCUGCUGUGCCAGGCUGGCCAAGGUGUUACUAAGGUCUGGCUGUGUAGUGCUGGGGGCACACACCCCCGCCGCGGCCCGGCACCCUAGACGACUCCAGAGUCUGAGCCUCUCUCUGGAGCAGGUCUUUAAAAUUUUUUUCCCCUCUGCUUGGAAAGAGUGACUUUCUGGAGGCUGCACCACCGGGCUUAGUGAGUCGCUCCUCGGGAGGCCCCGAGGGAUCUAGCAGGAAGAUCUGGGGCCCUCCUAAUUUUUUUUCUUUUGGGCAAUCAGAAGGAAACAUAGGGAGGGGAAGUUGAGCUACUAUACAGAGGCUUGAAACACUUCGGGGCUCUUAGGGUAAGGGUGAAGUGGGGGGAGUAGAGUGAAGGCUCACCCACUCCUCCUACAAGAUCAGAGAGGAUGCCGCUCAUUUGCAUAAUGGAAAUGAGGUCUUUGUACCUCGAUUUGGAUCAGUCGAUUUUAGGGCAGAGUGUUCAAGUAAAGAGUCUCUUUCCAAUCUGUGGGAGCCACCACAUUGCACCACUGGGGAACAUUUCGGACAACCAGAAUCCAGGGGGAGAACUGGGUUUAAAAGAUUUUCAUCAGCCCGACCCCAGCAGGCAAAUGCUAUUCCUAAGAACAUCGCCUGCUGCAGAUUUCACUCCUGAGCUGAACAUGACUUCGGCAACAUUUCUCUGGGAGCUGGAAUGUGUGUGCUUACCCACGAGACUGCAGACUCAAAGCACAGAAAAUCGCAAUUAUAAAUCCUGCCUGUGGGUUAGCAGGACAAUCCCUGCGCUGUGUACUGAAGACUUGGGAUACAUUUACUUCCCUCCCUCGGCGAUGGAGAGCUGGCUGCUGCCUGCUGUGUAUUUACAUAUUUCCUGGUGGAGACAGACAAACUGAGGUGGAUGGAACCACAGACAGAUCAGUAGAGAUCUGGCUCCAGAAACCAGGCGGUCUCUGGCCCAGCUCUGCCUGCCUGCUCUUUUUCCCAAACAAACGGAUCAGAUGAAUAAACGCUCAUAAAUACCUCUGGGCUUAGAUAAGAGCGAUGAGGCGCUAUUUCCUUUCAUGCCCGACUCCAGGCGCCCUGGCCCUGCCCAUAGUGGCUCCAUCUCCAGACAGGCAACCUGCAGAGGCGCGGCGCUCGGACUAUAAAACACAACAAAUCAUAAACCCGGUGGAGCAGCAGCAGCCGCGCGCGCCUCCCCUCCCGAUGAGUUCCUAUUUCGUGAACUCCACCUUCCCCGUCACUCUGGCCAGCGGGCAGGAGUCCUUCCUGGGCCAGCUGCCGCUCUACUCGUCCGGCUAUGCGGACCCGCUGCGGCACUACCCCGCGCCUUAUGGGCCGGGACCGGGCCAGGACAAGGGCUUUGCGGCGUCCUCCUAUUACCCACCAGCCGGCGGCAGUUAUGGCCGGGCGGCGCCCUGCGACUACGGGCCGGCGCCUGCCUUCUACCGGGAGAAGGAUGCGGCCUGCGCCCUCUCCGGCGCCGACGAGCCGCCCCCAUUCCAUCCAGAGCCGCGGAAGUCUGACUGCGCACAGGACAAGAGUGUGUUCGGAGAGACCGAGGAGCAGAAGUGCUCCACGCCCGUCUACCCGUGGAUGCAACGCAUGAAUUCAUGCAACAGUUCCUCUUUUGGGCCCAGUGGUCGGCGAGGCCGCCAGACUUACACUCGCUACCAGACCCUGGAACUGGAGAAGGAAUUUCACUACAAUCGCUACCUGACCCGGCGGCGGCGCAUCGAGAUCGCGCACGCCCUGUGCCUGACCGAGCGGCAGAUCAAGAUCUGGUUUCAGAACCGGCGCAUGAAGUGGAAAAAGGAGAGCAAACUGCUCAGUGCGUCUCAGCUCAGUGCGGAGGAGGAGGAAGAAAAACCAGCCGAGUGAAGGUGCUGCAAAGGGAGGGGGGACGCGAAGGGAGAGGCCUGUGGGGGAACCGAGGGCACCCGAAAGCCCCAGAAGGCUCUGCGGUCGGGGGGAGUCUGGGGACUUGCUCUCCAGCGCAAGACGGGCGGGGCCCAAGCGCUCUCCUGGACGUCCCGCCCGCAGAACUCUUCCUGGGCGCUUGGAGGCUGCCCACCCAGCAUCCCAGCGCCUCCUCCCUCCCCGAAGAACCCACCUUGGCCUCAUCAGACUCCCUGGUGAGAACUGAGAAUCGGACUCACUUGACGUCUCUGGAAGCAGAGCAGAAUGCUCUUGUCCUUGUCGAGUCUCAUUUCGUCCAUGUCCCCCCCCCCCCUCCCGUGCACGGUUCAAUGGUAGAUUCUCUGUCCCAUCAGCAGGGACCUGAAAGACUCCCUACCCCAGACUCUCCUACCCCCUCCCCAAAACCACUGGAAGGAGCACAUACUACCUAGAAUUAAGAAGAGGAGCCUCAGAAGAAAACAAAGUUCUAUUUUAUUAAUUUUCUAUGUGUUGUGUUUGUAGUCUUGUCUUAGCUCGGGACGUGAAAUACUUCGGUAAUAAUAUUAAUAUUAUUAAUAAUGAUUAUGAUGAUGAUGAUAAUAAUAAAGACGUGAAAACUCGCAGCUCAGUCACAUCCAAUUCUU